AUGGGUUGUGCUCAGUCAAAGAUCGAGAACGAAGAAGCAGUGACACGUUGCAAAGAACGAAAACAAUUAAUGAAAGAUGCCGUAACAGCUCGUAACGCUUUCGCCGCCGCUCACUCUGCUUACGCCAUGGCUCUUAAAAACACCGGAGCUGCUCUCUCCGAUUACUCCCACGGCGAAUUUUUAGUCUCUAAUCAUCAUCAUCACUCCUCCUCCUCCUCCGCAGCUGCUGCUGCUGCUAUCGCUUCUACUUCCUCCCUUCCCACCGCUGUUUCUCCUCCUCCUCCUACUUCCGUCGCCGACGCGGUUUCUAAUUCUAAUCCCCCCGCUCCUCCUUCUUCUUCCUCCGCCGACCCGAUUCCUGAUACUCUUCCUCCUCCUCCUCCACCUCCGCCGCUUCCUCUUCAACGCGCUGCUACUAUGCCGGAGAUGAACGGUAGAUCCGGUGGUGGUCCUUCUGGGAACGGUCUCAACGGAAUUGAAGAAGACGGACACCUAGAUCACGACGGCGACGACGAUGAUGAUGACUCCGAAGUGGAGGAGAAUCGUGACCGUUUGAUUAGGAAAUCGAAGAGCCGUGGAGGUAGUACGAUUGAUGAUCAUCAUCACCUGGAGGAGAAGGCGCCGCCACCUCCUCCGUCGACGAAUUCACGGCCAACUCCUCCGCCACGUGUGCAGCAGCAUCAACAACAGCAGCAGCAACCUUUCUACGAUUACUUCUUCCCUAAUGUUGAGACUAUGCCUGGAACCACCUUAGAAGACACUCCUCCACAACCACAGGUUGCAAAGCCUCUCCCUCCUCAACCACGUUCACCGGUUACAGAGGAAGAUGAUGAUGAUGAUGAUGAUGAUGAUGAUGAUGACGAUGAUGAUGAAGAAGAGGAAGAAGAAGAAGAGGCGGUAGAAGAACGGAAAGCUCCUCCGGUGGAGGAAAGACCAAAGAGAGUGGAGGAAGUGAGUGUUGUUGAAUUGGAAAAAGUUACUAAUUUGAGAGGGAUGAAGAAGAGUAAAGUGAUGGGGAUGGCCGGAGAGAGGAGAGGAAUGAGAAUGCCUGGGACGGCGAAUUUGGGGAAUGUAUUCAAUGAGCUUGAUGAUAGUUUCUUGAAAGCUUCUGAAAGUGCUCAUGAGGUUUCUAAGAUGCUUGAAGCUACUAGGCUCCAUUACCAUUCUAAUUUUGCAGAUAACCGAGGGCAUAUUGAUCACUCUGCUAGAGUGAUGCGUGUAAUUACAUGGAAUAGAUCGUUUAGAGGAAUACCAAAUGCUGAUGAUGGGAAAGAUGAUGUCGAUUUGGAAGAGAAUGAAACUCACGCUACUAUUCUUGACAAAUUGCUAGCAUGGGAGAAGAAGCUCUACGAUGAAGUCAAGGCCGGUGAGCUCAUGAAAAUCGAGUACCAGAAAAAGGUUGCUCAUUUGAAUCGGGUGAAGAAACGAGGUGGUCACUCGGAUUCAUUAGAGAGAGCCAAAGCAGCGGUUAGUCAUUUGCAUACAAGAUACAUUGUUGAUAUGCAAUCCAUGGACUCCACAGUUUCAGAAAUCAAUCGUCUUCGGGAUGAACAACUAUACCUAAAGCUCCUUCACCUUGUUGAUGCGAUGGGGAAGAUGUGGGAAAUGAUGCAUUUGCAUCAUCAAAGACAAGCUGAGAUCUCAAAGGUUUUGAGGUCUCUAGACGUUUCGCAAACUGUGAAAGAAACAAAUGAUCAUCAUCACGAACGUACUAUCCAGCUCUUGGCGGUGGUUCAAGAAUGGCACACACAGUUUUGCAGGAUGGUAGAUCAUCAGAAAGAAUACAUAAAAGCACUUGCCGGAUGGAUAAAGCUAAAUCUCAUACCUAUCGAAAGCACACUCAAGGAGAAAGUAUCUUCCCCUCCUCGAGUUCCCAAUCCCGCAAUCCAAAAACUCCUCACCGUUUGGUAUGAUCGUUUAGAUAAAAUCCCCGACGAAAUGGCUAGAACUGCCAUAAUCAAUUUUGCAGCGGUUAUAAGCACGAUAAUGCAGCAGCAAGAAGAUGAGAUAAAUCUCAGAAACAAAUGCGAAGAGACAAGAAAAGAACUAGGAAGAAAGAUC